AUGGCACGCUCAAUUGGAUCAUCUGCCGUUUACAGCCGGCUGUUGCGUUUGCUGGCUGUGCUUGCAUUCGUCGUCGUCUUUGCACAAGCUACAGCUACAUCGGACAAGGCUGGGACGGAAGAGCUCACUGUUCCCCAGAUCGAGGAGAAGCUUCAGGAGUGUCCUCUCGUUCAAUCGCUUAAUGCACAGAAACUCGCCAAUGCCCCUGAGACAGCCAGUUUGACCUCAAGGGUCUUUGCAGUCUUGUUCCCUGGCAGUCCUGCUCUGAACGCCAUACUCGCUACCAUCUACAUCUCUGGACCUCCAAAUUUCCUACUGGCACUAUGUCCUCCAAACAUCGACCCUUCUUCCCUCUCCAUAAUGGUAGCCUUUGCAGUCGGAGGCCUGCUGGGAGACACCCUCUUCCACCUGCUCCCUGAGAUAUUCCUCGGAGAAGACUCACCAGAACACGUCCGGUUCGUGAUGGUAGAGCCAAAUAAAAAUUUAGUUCUCGGGCUAGCAAUCCUCGUUGGUUUCGUGACCUUCGUCGCCAUGGAUAAAAUUCUCCGGAUUGCAACUGGAGGGGAGGGACACCAGCACGGCCAUGCGCAUGAGCAUGAACAUGGUCAUAGCGAAGAUUCUGGACUAGUGGCAGCCACAGGCGUGUCAACUGGGGAUGGUAGAAACGGUGACCUGAAGCAACGGAAACAAGCAGCAGGUUCUGCCACGGAAGACGGAAACGACACUGACGGCAGCGGACCAAGCAACAACCCCAGCGUCAAGCUAGGAGGUUACUUGAACCUGAUUGCGGACUUUACGCAUAAUAUCACGGAUGGGCUAGCUAUGUCUUCGUCGUUUUACGCUUCCCCCACCAUUGGCGCAACUACGACCGUUGCCGUGUUCUUCCAUGAAAUCCCGCAUGAAGUUGGUGACUUUGCCCUUCUGAUCCAGUCUGGCUUCUCUAAGCGUAAAGCUAUGGGUGCUCAGUUUGUCACGGCCGUCGGUGCAUUUAUCGGGACUUUUAUUGGAAUCGCCAUCCAGGAGUUUGGGGGCGGUGGAUCUUCAUCUACGGCUUCCGGAGAUGUAGCUGCUCCAGGCUUGCUGGGGACUAGUCUUACGGUUGGUGACUUGCUAUUACCUUUUACAGCCGGAACCUUCCUUUAUGUUGGAACGGUGGCUGUGAUCCCAGAGCUGUUGGAGACAGGUAAGGAUAAAGCGGCGGAAACUAGGAAGACCCUGAUGCAAUUUGCUGCCAUGGCUGCGGGAGCAGGUAUAAUGUUGCUGAUUUCCUGGGAUUGA